AUGUGUGGCAUUUGGGCCCUCUUUGGCAGCGAUGACUGCCUUUCUGUUCAGUGUCUGAGUGCUAUGAAGAUUGCACACAGGGGUCCAGAUGCAUUUCGUUUUGAGAAUGUCAACGGAUAUACCAACUGCUGCUUUGGAUUUCACCGGUUGGCAGUGGUUGACCAGCUGUUUGGAAUGCAGCCAAUUCGAGUGAAGAAAUAUCCUUAUUUGUGGCUCUGUUACAAUGGUGAAAUCUACAACCAUAAGAAGCUGCAACACCAUUUUGAAUUUGAAUAUCAGACAAAAGUGGAUGGUGAGAUAAUCCUUCAUCUUUAUGACAAAGGAGGAAUUGAGCAAACAGUUUGCAUGUUGGAUGGGGUGUUUGCCUUUAUUUUACUGGAUACUGCCAAUAAGAAAGUGUUCCUGGGCAGAGAUACCUAUGGAGUCAGACCUUUAUUUAAAGCCAUGACAGAAGAUGGAUUUUUGGCUGUGUGUUCAGAAGCUAAAGGUCUCGUUAACUUGAAGCACUCCAUGACCCCUUUUUUAAAAGUGGAGCCUUUUCUCCCCGGACACUAUGAAGUUUUGGAUUUAAAGCCAAAUGGCAAAGUCGCCUCAGUGGAAAUAGUAAAAUAUCAUCACUGUCGAGAUGAGCCUCUGCACACCCUGUAUGACAGCGUGGAAAAACUCUUCCCAGGUUUUGAGAUAGAAGCUGUGAAGAGCAACCUCCGGAUCCUUUUUGACAAUGCCAUUAAGAAACGUUUGAUGACAGACAGAAGGAUUGGCUGCCUUUUAUCAGGCGGCUUGGAUUCCAGUUUGGUUGCUGCCACCCUAUUGAAGCAGCUAAAAGAGGCUCAAGUACAGUACCCUCUGCAGACAUUUGCGAUUGGCAUGGAAGAUAGUCCAGAUUUACUAGCUGCUAGAAAGGUGGCAGAUCAUAUUGGAAGUGAACACCAUGAAGUCCUCUUUAACUCUGAGGAAGGCAUUCAGGUGCUGGAUGAAGUCAUAUUCUCCCUGGAAACGUACGAUAUUACAACAGUUCGUGCUUCAGUAGGUAUGUACCUGAUUUCCAAGUACAUUCGGAAGAACACGGACAGUGUGGUGAUCUUCUCUGGAGAAGGUUCAGAUGAACUUACGCAGGGUUACAUAUAUUUUCACAAGGCUCCUUCGCCUGAGAAAGCCGAGGAGAGCGAGAGGCUUCUGAAGGAACUCUAUUUGUUUGAUGUUCUCCGUGCAGAUCGAACUACUGCUGCCCAUGGCCUUGAAUUGAGAGUCCCCUUCUUGGAUCAUCGGUUUUCUUCCUACUAUUUGUCUCUGCCAGCAGAUAUGAGAAUCCCCAAGAACGGGAUAGAAAAACAUCUCCUGAGAGAGACAUUUGAGGACUCCAAUCUGAUACCUAAAGAAAUUCUCUGGCGACCGAAAGAAGCCUUCAGUGAUGGAAUAACCUCAGUUAAGAAUUCCUGGUUUAGGAUUUUACAGGAAUAUAUUGAACAUCAGGUUGAUGAUGCAAUGAUGGCAACUGCAGCCCAGAAAUUUCCCUUCAAUACUCCAAAAACGAAGGAAGGCUAUUACUACCGUCAGAUCUUUGAACGCCACUACCCAGGCCGGGCCGACUGGCUGACCCAUUACUGGAUGCCCAGGUGGAUCAGUGCCUCUGAUCCUUCUGCCCGCACUCUGUCCCAUUAUAAGGCUUCUGCCAAAGCUUAG